ACGCUCUGUUCAAGAUGAUGUUCAAGCCCUCGUCGCCGCUCUUCUCGGGUCUUCUCUGGAAGAUCCCCUGGCGCAUCUCCGCGCCCCAGAAAGCCCGCCAGCGGAAGCGCCUCCGCGCCGUCGACCGCGUCGUGGACACGGUGAGCGCGGCGCUGGCCCGGAACGGCCAGACGGCCAAGCCCGUGACGCGGUGGUUCAACGAGAUGCCCCGCGAGGAGGAGAUGCUGCCCAAGGACAAGUACACCAUCUUCGACAAGAAGGAGAAGAAGUACCGGAAGGGGAUUCACAAGCUGCCCAAGUGGACGCGAGUCAGCCAAAGAGUCAACCCCCCUGGUUUCUAAAACGGUGUUCGUUUACUGGAUCAUUUGCGCCCGACAGAAAACGUAUCAUCCGCUAUGAGAAGAAACAACCUUCGUCUCACUACCGAACUUCUUAUCUCGCACACAAAACGAUUUUGGAGUUCGCAGCGCUGCAUUAUACACCAUCACAUUAUCAUCACACCGCCCAUGUUGAUUACCCCUUUCCCAUAUAAAGAGGCUUGCCGAGUUCAGGGGAAAACGGGACACGGGCAAGGGCGAGUAUCGGAGUUUUUAUCUUUUUGGCAACUGGGAGAUGACACAUUAUAACUGCAUUGGUAUUCCUUGAUAUUCACAAUGUUCAAUUUUUUUCUCGCCUUAUACCGUCCGUACAACCACUAUGUUCGCAUCGCUUGAUUGAGCUGUGUGUUCGGUAUCUCGACAGUGUAAAGAUAGGUGGACAUAUAGUCACAUCAAAGCAAGACAGCUCGGAAAUAAGAAUAUAGCAAGAAAGAGCCUCGGGCUGGAUCACUUUUCCCAUACA